AUGUCCUCCUCAUCGCUGAUGCGGACGGUGGGCUCUCUUGCUGCCUCUGCCAUCAUCUUCCCUGCAGUCGCCCAGGCCGCUGGCAAUUACAAGCUCAAAAAUUCCUGGGAGGGCGAGAAGAUCCUUGAUCACUUUCACUUCUUCGACGCCCCUGACCCCACAAACGGUUUCGUCACCUAUGUCAACCAAAGCCAUGCAGAGGACGCCGGCCUUGUAAAGGUCACCGACAGUGGAAGCCUUUAUAUGGGCGUCGACUAUGAAACAGUUCUCACUGCCGAUGGCCCAGGCCGCGAGUCUGUCCGUAUCGAGAGCAACCAAUACUACGACCAGGGUCUCUAUGUCGUCGAUAUCCAGCACAUGCCGGGCAGUAUCUGCGGUACAUGGCCUGCCUUUUGGACAGUCGGUCCCAACUGGCCAGCCGACGGUGAGAUCGAUAUCAUUGAAGGUGUCAACCAGCACGACGCGAACAAGAUUGUACUGCACACCAGUGGCUCGUGCGAUGUCGGGGGUGAGAAGGAUAUGUUGGGCGAGAUGACAUCGAGCGAGUGCGGUGAUGCAUCAGGCACUAUCGGGUGCGUGGUCGAGGGCCAAAAGGGCUCUUCCGGCACGCCCUUCAACAAGGCCGGUGGUGGUGUCUAUGCUAUGGAAUGGCAGGAGGAGUACCUCAAGAUCUGGUACUUCCCGCGAUCUGAGAUCCCCGAGUCCCUUUCCAACGGCAAACCAGACACUUCGUCGUUCGGCAAGCCCAUGGCCCAUCUGCAGGGCACCUGCAACUUCAAGGAACGCUUCACCCACCAGAAGAUGAUCCUCGACACCACUUUCUGCGGUGACUGGGCCGGCGGUGUUUUCGGUGACAGCGGCUGCCCUGUCAGCGACAAGAGCAACCCCAUGCAGAGCUGUGUCAACUACGUCGCCGAGAACCCUAAGGAGUUCAAGAACGCAUACUGGGAGCUCAACUCCAUCAAGAUUUUCCAGGUUGGCGGAGACUCCGAGGAGGCUCACGGAACUCAGGCCGCUGCCACCACAAGCAAGACUACAGAGGCUGCUCCCGAGACCACCGCCACUGCCCCUUCCACUCAGACCGAGGCCGUGACUCACGAGACAGCUACCACCACCACGGUGAACACUCGUACUGAGACGGUGACUGAACACACGACUGAGCCUACUCACGCCCCAGCCACGACCGAGGCUCCUAGCGCCCCUUCAAAUGCCGAGUCUGCCAGCUCGCAAACUUCCUCCAAGAAGAAGACUAGCUAUGUCACCAGGACUACUACUCUCUGCCCCGCCGAGAGCCUCCAAACCGCGAACGUCGUUCCAAACCCAGACCCGACGAACCCAGCCUCGACGAACUCAGCCCCUCCGUCAGAGGCAUCAAUUGAGACAAUUGAGUCCGUAGCUGAGCCAGAAACAACAUCCGCUCCCGCUGUCACCCACGAGCCCGAGACUCCAGCCACAACACAGCCCUCAAUUGAGACCGUAGCUGAGCCAGAAACUACAUCAGCUCCCGCUGUCACCCACGAACCCGAAGCCCCAGCCACCGAGAGCGCUCCAACAACCGAGACCUCCGUCGACCCCGUUGCACAGCCAGCUACUAGCAGCGCACAAACCACUCCUGCCACACAUGCGCCCCAGGAGCCAGAGACCUCAUCGUCGUCCAUCCCCCCAGCCAGCGUGAUCUACACCGCUCCUCGUGAGGGCACUACAAGCAGCAGCACCUCCUGGAAAAUCAACUCCAGCUCGUCAAUCUUCGUCUCCGUCCCCAGCGCCGAGCCAUCAUCUUGGAAAACCACAGAUGCCGCCCUUCCAAGCGGCGCCGAGCCUACCGCCACCGGCACACCGACCACGCCAUCGAGCCCCGUGUUCACUGGCAUGGCGAGCAGAAUGUCGGCAUCGGCGUCCGUCGUCCUCGGCGCCCUCGCGCUCCUGCUGGUAGUUUAA